UGGUUGCUAGGUGUGAAUGAACUGAUGCAUUCUCACAAUUAAGCAGCCCAUCAGUUUACAGGUCGACCACAACAAAGCAACAACUCGUCUUUUUUUGUUGUUGUUGCGCUUCCCCGGAUAUUCGGAGCAAAAUUAUGGCUCUUUAAACUCGCGAAGUCGUUGGACCCGAUAAGAAAUCGUGCUUUGCCUUAGCAACGCACCCUAAGUGCUCUACCUUUUUUCUCUGCAAGAAUGGAGUUUCAUUAUGCUCAGCCAGCCCUGCUCUCUGUGGCCCAUCUGUCAGACCCUGCCUGCUCUCAGCACAUGCUUGGACUUGGACUGAAUCAAAGUGCCAACAGACAAUAUGAUGGCAACAUCAGCUCCUGUUUGGAAGACUCUUCGUGUCUGCCCGGCAGACCCCCGCGCUCCCUCUCACCCACAGGCUAACCACAGCCAAUCACAGGGGUGCAGGGGGGAGGUGUCAGAGGAGAGUCAGCACUUAAUUGGUGAUGGUCUCACUGACUGGAUGACGGAAGAAGUAGAUUUUUCCUCGUACCUCCCAAACCCUCCUUCCCCUCCCUCCUCCACCAAUGCCUCCCUUCCCCCUUCGCCCCUUCAGAAUGAUAUCCAGGUGCCCUCUGACUUGGAGGUCAUGACCUCUCUGCUGCAAGAGGAACUUGCACAACUUGAGGACUACUUCCUGUCUGAGCCACUGCCAGAGAAAGGGCCACGGCUCGGAAAAUGCGACAGGGGUCCUCUGCCGCCGGGUCCUCAGCCGUUCAAUCAGCUGCCAUACGCAUCAUACUCUACAUCUAACCAAUCAGAAUCCAGCCCACUCCUUGUUACCCUGGCAACCGGAGAACUGGACCUGCUGAGUGUCUGUGGCGGGCCCAUCGGGCGAUCCAAAAUUCCAAGACACGCCCCGUACAGCUGCAGUCGCCCCAGUGGGUGUGUUAGGAAAAGAGUCCCUGAUGGGUUGAGGUUCAGUGAAGGCUAUGACAACAGUUUGUUGGGUUCCAAAGGAAGUAACUCAGGUAAUGCGGCGGUGACCCUCGCAGGUAGCUAUGACUAUGUAGAGGACGAGCAGCUGGUAGGGAAAAGCUACUGUCUGGGUAGUGCAGUCGAGGUCAGAAGAUGUGGCGUUCCACCAAGAGACGACAAAAAUUGCUGUUUCAGUCAAGAUGUCAUAGGUGGCGCGAAGGUCGUCGGUGGUGGAUUUGGCUUCGGUGGGUCAGUUAACGUCCCGCACAAGAAAGAGGAUCUGCUGAUGUACAGCAUGAGGGAGGUCAGCGGAGGCACUAGUAACAGCGAGGGGCUCAAUAGUAUCAAAACAAGUGUGGAGAUGACAAAAGCCACCGUUUCCUGGAAAACGGAGGGCAGCGAAGGUUGUUAUCUUCCAGCAACAUCGCAGUCUGAGGCCUAUCACAGCUUCUUAAGCAACAUCAACGAACAGGUGAAAGCAGAGAGUCUACAGAGAGGGCAACACGAUUUGCACUGUAGUUUCCUGGAUGAUCAGGGCCCAGAGUGUCUUUUAAUGUCCAGGGAGAGUUUGAGCUUGGAGUCACCAGGGCACAGACAGGCAUGCAGGCUGAAGGAAGACCACUGUGCUUUGACUUACGAAGACAACCUCAUUCCACCCGAAGGCGGGAAGCGCAAACAGAAGAAAAGAGAUCAGAACAAAACUGCAGCUCACAGGUACCGCCAGAGAAAAAGGGCAGAGUUAGACACUUUGGAGGAACAGUUGCAUGGCCUGGAAGGGAAGAACCGCGAGCUCCGGGAUAAGGCAGAGUCGGUAGAACGUGAAAUCCAGUACGUCAAAGACCUGCUGAUUGAAGUUUACAAGGCCCGCAGCCAAAGGCUCAAGCAGGACACAACAGCGUAGCUCCAAGAUCCUGCAAGUAGACUUAAAGCGGCCGCCCCCGGGAGAAUGUGGCGCUCUUUGUGUCUGUGAGAUUGUCCGGGAUUGAAUGUUUGAUUUUUUCUUUUAAUGCGGGUGGGGUAAUUGCAUGCUUUGCUAUGACGUGAGUUAUUUUUUACAUUUUAAAAUCAACACUAUCCAAUGCUUCCAUUGCUUUCGCACUCUAAUCACUUGAGCCUGCACUGUGGCAUUGCAAUGCUUUAAAUGACAAUCAUUUUUAACAGAUCUGCUUGGAUCUACCAAUUUAAAUAUGGUUGUUUCCAAGAAGUUAUGUUAUUCACGAUGCAGGUUUAAUAUGUUUAAAAGCCUUACAUUGGAAUUGAUGUCAGCAAUAGGUCUGAAUGUGUUUUUAUUUAUUUAUUUGAUUUAGAAUUAGUGUCACCCUUUACAACAGUUGAAGUAAUCAAACAUGUUGUUGUCCACAUAUGAAAGAUUGCUAUGAAUAUUUUAGAAUAUUUGGAUUGCGCUUGAAGAUGUGUUUGCUUUUAAAACUGCGGAAAUAACGGUCAAUGUACCGAAGAGCAAGAAACCUUUUGUCAACAACCGUAGCAAAUAUUUUAUCAGUUUAAUAUUGUUAUUCUUGGACAAAACCUUUGAUAGAUGCAACCCAAAAUAUUUUAUAUGAUUUGGAUGCUUUUUGUAUGUAGUUCCGUUUUACUUUUACUGAAGGUAAACAUUUAGAUUUUAACUAACCUGUUUAAAAAAUAAUUAUUAAAGUAAUUUUUAAAAACAUUUACAUUUACAAAUCUUCCAGCAGUGACAUAUUGUCCAAAUUAAUGAUUGUGACUAAACCAAAAUUUGCUAAUUUAAACAAGUAAGAAACGUAUAUUAUAUCGUCUUUUUUUGCAGGUUGCAAAAUAUUUGCAAGUUAUCCAAUCUAUUUUGCAGCUCAGGAUACACAAUUUGUUCUCCAGUCCUAUCCCAGUGGAUCAUGCAAUGCAGGAGACGGGUUGUCCUUAAUUUUACAAGAUGUAAUAACUUGGUUUUCCUUAUGUAAGAAAAGGUGCUCCAUAUGUUAGAAAGAUUGUAAGUAGUGGAGUUUUAGCAGCCUCCCUCUGCAUGUUUUUCCAUAAACGGAGUAGAAAAUGUAGAAUUUCAGAAAUAAGUUGGAUUUUUCUCUCUAAAGUGCUUGUUUAGGCAAUACGUUUUAUAGGCCUCUGGCUGAUCUGCACUAAUUUGUAACAACUUUGUAUGUUCAGGGAAUGAAGUGUGUUAGCCGUUUCUUUGUAGAAAAGAAAAUGUCAUGAAGAUUAUUUGUUAUUGCUUUGGCAGUGCUUAGUAGGAUACUGUCUGUAAUUUAUUGUCUAUUCUGAUUUAUUGAUUAGGAAAUAAUCUACUGCUACUGUUAUACAUAUGCCUAUACCGGGGAUAGAUUUUUUUUCUAUGCAUAUUUAUUUUAAGACAAUCUUCAUUAUGAACGUGGACUUUUUUUCAAUUCAAUCAUCUUUUGGCAAUAAAUGUCACAUGUUCGACCCUCCUGCGGUGCACUAUCAACUGCGACUUAAGAAACCAAAACUAUGUGACAGCACUUAUUAACGCAUUGUAAUUUAAUGUUUAUUUAACCAUGUUGCAUAUGUCAUGUGUGUGGCGUCAGGUUAUUUUUUAUUAAAACAUCAAAUAAAAGGAGUCUUUAAUUCGGUUCCUUUCGUUAUUUCAGAGCUUUUCCCUCCGAGCUGUUGCAUCGAUUGCAGCUGCACCUGUGGCCGCAGCAGUGAAUAAUCGGAAAUAACGACCUGAUGUCUAAUGUGUCCCGAAAGUUGGUCCAUCUUUAAUGACAAGAAAGAAAAAAAUCGCUACUUUCUGAUCCGACAACGCGGCCCAUUCGCGCUUACAUCCGACACAGAACUACUUUUUUGGUAAAUUUCAUUAUUGCGUGAUUUAUUCUUAGUCGAUGUUACCCUAAUUUUUUUUUAAAGGAGAGAACAAUUCAAAAUUCCAGUUCGCGGUUGCAGA